AUGAGUGAUAAAUUAACUUAUGAAAGGGUAUCCCGAUUUGCCAACGUGAAAGUUCCCCAAGACAUAGAGGAUGAAAUGCUAAAUGUGUAUGCUACAUACAGCAUUGAACAUGAUAUGAACAUAGACGAUUUAGAACCAUAUUUCAAAGAUUUAGAGCUCCCGAAGGAUCUAUACAAACUAAUAAGAAAAGAAGACCUGGUUAUUGAAGGUACCAAUAUUAUUGAUUUCCAAUUAUUGAUAAGAAGCACAUACCAUAUACUAAUAUACAUAGAUAAUGAAGAUGUUAUUAAAAACUUAUGGACUACAAUGGUGAAAAAUUGUGGUAGAGAUGUUCAAUUUCCAAAUAUUAAGUUAACGGAUCAUGUUCUUAGUGUGAAGGAUCUUCAGAAGAUAUCCAAUGUUAUAGGUAUAACAGACCAAUCUGGUUUGAUACAAAUGAUGAGUUGUGCUACAGAGGGAAAUAGGUUAUUUAUUACAUAUUUAGAUUUUGCCUCUGUAUUAGGGAGAUUAGGUCUAUUAAGGUAUAGGAAAGCAUAG